CAGUGAGCUUUAUUACACUAGUGAGCCGUGAGCCGUGAGCCCGUGACAAGUUUGUUUCUCUCCCGUAGUCCCUAACUCGAUCGAGAUGGCUGACCAGUACGGCAGCAGCGGCUACGGCAGGUCCGGCGCCGGCGGCGACUACGAGAACAAGACCAGCAACGAGGGCUACGACCGCCGCGAAGGUGGCUACAACAAGUCCGGCGCCGAGGACUACGAUACCGGGUACAAGAAGUCCGGCACGGACGACUACGACCGCAGCAGCGGCCGCGGCGGCUACAACAAGUCCACCGGCGACGACGAGUACAGCGGCGCCGGGUACAAGAAGUCCGGCGGGGACGAGUACGACAGCGGCUACAACAAGGCAAGCAACGAGGACUACGGCCGCAACAAGUCCGGCACCGACGACUACGACCGCAGCGGCGGCGGGUACAAGAAGUCCAGCGGCGAGGAUGAGUACAGCAGCGGCGGAUACAAGAAGUCCGGUGGCGACGACGAGUACAGCGGCGGCGGAUACAAGAAGUCCGGUGGCGACGACGAGUACAUCGGCGGCGGGUACAAAAAAUCUGGCGGCGACGACCAGGAGUACGGGUCGUCCCGGGGCGAGACUGAGAAGUACCGGAAGGAGGAGAAGGAGCACAAGCACAAGGAGCACCUCGGCGAGAUAGGUGCCCUCGCCUCCGGCGCCUUCGCCAUGUACGAGAAGCACCAGGUGAAGAAGGACCCGGAGAACGCGCACCGGCAUAAGAUCGAGGAGGAAGUGGCGGCGGUGGCGGCCAUUGGCAGCGGCGGGUACGCGUUCCACGAGCACCACGAGAAGAAGGAGUACAAGGAGUCGGCGGAGGACGCCGAGGACGAGGAGUCCGGCCGCGGCGAGGGGAAGAAGAAGCACCACUUCUUCGGCUAGCCAGCUGCUGCUGAUCGAUCCGCGAUGCAGCUAGCUAGCACACGCGUACGCGCGAGCGUGUGUCCAAAAAGAGCCGGGAAUUUGUGCGUAUAUAUGGCUCGUUAUAUAUACGUACGUACGUUGGUCGGUGUCGUGUGUUGCUGCUGCGCCCUGCGUGCAUGUUGUAUGGAGUAUUUUAACUUGCUGUGUGUCUACGUAUGUCGAUUAUUGUACGUACUGUUUCUGCAUGGAUAUGUUGAGAAUUCAAUCA